AUGCCUUCACGAGCGCUUCCACGCCCACCCGCGCACCCUCCGCCCUCUCGACCCCAGGCUGCUCCGCCGUCGUCGAGUCAGCCGGAGGCCGCCGCGGCGCUGACACCGCACGACUUAUGCUACAACACUAGCCCAACACCCACCAUGGACGUCGAGGAGUUUCGAGUGCGCGGCAAGGAGAUGGUGGACUACAUAUGCACGUACAUGACCACGCUGCAAAAGCGGCGGGUGACCCCAUCGGUGGAGCCGGGGUACCUUCGCGCCGCGCUGCCUGCCGAGGCUCCGUACCACCCAGAACCCUGGGACGACGUCAUGAGCGAUGUAGAGAACAAGAUCAUGCCCGGGGUCACGCAUUGGCAGCACCCACGAUUCCACGCCUACUUCCCUUCGGGCAACGCGUAUCCCUCCAUCCUUGGCGACAUGCUGUCAGCUGGCAUCGGCUGCAUUGGAUUCUCAUGGGUAAAUACUAAAUACCUAGUACCUACAUAUCAUCAUGAUACCUACUCCUAUCUAAGUAGUAGUUGA